UGGACUAUAUUGUGGAAUAUGACUAUGAUGCAGUGCAUGAUGAUGAGUUAACGAUCCGAGUUGGGGAAAUCAUCAGGAAUGUGAAAAAACUGGAAGAAGAAGGAUGGUUAGAAGGGGAGUUAAAUGGCAAAAGGGGAAUGUUCCCUGACAAUUUUGUGAAGGAACUUAAGAAGGAUGUAGAGCCCAAGGAUGAUGCUGUGCCCAUCAGGAGGGAGAAAUCUGGCAAUGUAGCCAGCCUUGUGCAGCGUAUGAGCAGCUAUGGGCUUCCAUCAGGAGCAUUUCAGCCUCAUCCCCCGUCCAAAGCCUUCAAGAAGAGGUCCAAGAAGAGGCAGUGCAAAGUGCUCUUCGAGUAUGUCCCACAGAAUGAGGAUGAGCUGGAGCUCAGACUGGGGGAUGUGAUUGACGUGAGUGAAGAGGUAGAAGAAGGCUGGUGGAGUGGAACGGUAAAUGGCAGGACAGGGCUGUUUCCUUCAAACUUUGUGAAAGAAUUGGAAUCAACAGAUGAUGGAGAAACACGGGAUGCUCCAGAUGACACAG